GAGCAGUCUGCACUUGUUCGGAUCAUUUGUUGCCGCCUGGCUUCUCACUCCGAACUCCGUGGGCUGGUGACCCAGAACGCAGACGGAACGGAACAUUGAUCACAGAUGGACUUGCUCACACCUGAGAUGUGAAGUGUGUUAUGUGAGCCAAGGUGUUUUCCCACCUCACUGGUGGUGGGGAGAAAUGCUGCACUCUGUUGCCAUGACAGCAGAGGUUCUCUUUGUUCUCUGGUUCCUGAUGAGUGCUGCUGAGAGUAAUCCUAUAACAACCUUACCAGUUAGCCGUGAACGUCUGGAAAGGGUGUUGACCCAGGCCAGAGAGGACAAAGCGGUCCCCAAGCAGCUGCAGCCAGAAGACAACGAUACUUUGGGUCCGAACAGAACUGGCAUGAGCCGCACCAGGUCUAACCUCAGCUUCUACAGCCGUGGAUCUAAGGUUGGGAAGUCCCAAGAGCUGUGGACUGAGCAAGAUAACUUCAACCAAAUAGACGUAGGCCCCACAAGUGACGUCACCCUGUCUUUGGAAGCCAUCGACGAGUACUCCUACCCAGACUACAGGGGAAAAGGCUGCAUGGAUGAGAGCGGUUUUGUAUUUGCAAUCGGUGACGAGUUCACCCCAGGCCCGUCCACAUGCCCUUGCCUCUGUACAGAUGAAGGUCCUCUGUGCAGCAAGCCAGACUGUCCCAGGGUGCACCCUCGCUGCAUUAAAGUGGACACAAGUCAAUGCUGUCCGCAGUGCAAGGAGAAAAAGAACUACUGUGAAUUUCGGGGAAAAAUCUACUCUACACUAGAAGAGUUUAAGGUGUCUCCGUGUGAGAAAUGUCGAUGUGAGCCAAGUGGAGAGGUGUUGUGUUCUGUGUCGGCCUGCCCUCAGACAGAAUGUGUGGACCCAGAAUAUGAGCCGGACCAGUGUUGUCCAAUUUGCAAGAGCGGGCCCAACUGCUUUGCAGACACAACAGUGAUACCAGCCGGACGGGAGGUGAAGAUCGAUGAGUGUACAAUCUGCUACUGCACAUACGAAGAAGGCACCUGGCAGAUCGAACGCCAGGCCACCUGCAGUAAGAACGAAUGCCAGCGCGGUUAGAAGCUGGCAGGGUGAGAUGAACAUUGGCAUGCAACACCAGCGCCUGUCCAUGCGAACACUUGGCCUUUCACCCAGACUUCCGGACAUCAGGGUCAGCCGGCUCAGCAUUUGGAGUCUGUACUUGGCAAAGGCUUUUAUUAAGAUUUAUAAUACGCACACAGAAUAUUUAUUUAUCUAUGUACUGAAUUAUUCAUGAAUAUAUACAAAUACUGUGUAGAUGUCAUUACGCUGAACUCGGUACACAUUUUUAUAGGCUCUGUAUUUUAAUAAUUGCCCUCGGUGAUUGCAAAGAAACACAAGAGAAUGUAUAGAACACGCGGCUGUCUUUGAAAACUGAAGCCUUGACUUCCUCACAAUUCUGACAAAUCCUAUUCUCCACAGUUCAGAUGAGCAGCUGUCUCAGUCUGAAGUAACCUGCUGGGUUUUGCUGUUCAAGGUAAUCUAGUACGGCGCUAAAAGUGAAAUUAAAACUGACUUGACUGUUUCUGACUUGUACUACGUUCUUUAGUCUGUUUGGAUGUUUCAAAUGUGCUUUGAUUUUAAAAGUACUUUUUUUGUAUCUUGGUCUGUAUGUUUCCUGUUUUAAAUAAAUGGCAGUC